AUGGGGAGUGCAGAGGAUCGGCUUCGAACAGCUAGGUUCUAUUCGCCGAGAGUCGGUCUUGUUGAAAAUAACCACCUAUCCUCAAACGGGGUUCUGGUUUUGGGGACGCCGUCUGGAGGCUUUACGCAGUGGGUGACCGGGAAGAAAGAACAAGAGAUGCUGUUUCGCAGCGGAGGUAGCGGUGGCGCAGCAGCAACAGGCUCGAUGCUGGUGCGCUACUUUUCCAGGAAACGCAGCGAAGACGUAAGAAGGAUAAACCCUAAAGUUCCAAGGGAGCAAGCCAUGGAGAUCUCCAAAAGCCUCUACGAGUUGAUUAAGCAACAAGGACCUAUCUCCGUCUCUAACACCUGGAACCUCGUCAAGGAAAGUGGUAUCAAUGGCCUGAAUAGUAAAACUCAUAUGAAGAUUAUUCUAAAAUGGAUGAGGGGAAGAAAGAUGCUAAAACUUUUCUGCACCCACCAUGGUUCCACUAAAAGAUUUCUCCACUCUACACUACCUGAAGAUUCACAGACCGUCCCUGCCCUACGUGAUAGUUCUCCCACACCAUCUUCAGAAUCCCCAAAAUCAUCGAAGAAAGAAAAGUUGAGAAAAGAUUACAAGAGACUUCUUGACCCGGUUGCAAAUUAGGUGUUUUGCUGUAGGUUUUGACUUAUUUGACAACUUUUUUGCUGCUAUUUUGUAUUUGUAAAACAAAAGAAUGAUUCCAUUUUGUGGCAUAUACUUGGGCAGAUGCUUGGUAUUUUAUGAUUAUGAGUUGUUGCAACCUAACAGAAUAAAAUUGGGGUCAUUUUUUUGGAAGCUCAACAAACUU